AAUACCGUUCUGUGGCCGGGUUCUUCCUAAAGAGGCGGAACUUCCUUUGGGAGACGGAUCACUGCGAUAUAUAUAUAUCGCCAUGCAGACACAGCGAAACUUUCCAGAAUUAAACAGACUUUCACGACAACGCAAAUACAUUCCAAUAAAAACGGCUGUGUAGAUGAACUCAAAGCUGCUCAAUAAUAACCAACUGAGCGGCUACGUUUGGCAAGAGAAGCAGAAGUAGCUUAAAGUAUAAUGUUGGAGUUUUAUCGAAAGUCCAUGCUGGUUUUCAUCUCUUUGACCAUCGUCUUGACGGCCUGUCCUACCGGGGUACGAGCUGGAUGUUGCUGUCCGACCUUCUGGACUGCUUUCGGACAGCAUUGUUACAGAUUCUUCGCCUCCAACACGACAUGGCAGGAUGCAGAGAACCACUGUCAGACUUACAGCGUGCCCUCUCUCGGCAGUGGAGGAGCAGUCAUAGAUAGUUUGGGUCAUCUGGUUUCCAUCCAUUCUGAAGCAGAACACAACUUCGUCGCAACUCUUUUCGAAACUUCCCGGAAGAAAGAGUCUGGUAUGGCUAAUGUGUGGCUUGGAAUGCAUGAUACAUCAACUGAAGGACACUUCCAGUGGACAGAUGGGACUCCAUUUGACUUUACCAUGUGGUCACCAGGUCAACCGGACAACUGGCGCUCUCAAGAGGACUGUGGGCUGAUACGAAGUACUUAUGGAAACAAAUGGAAUGAUGCACCCUGUGAUUUUAAUGGGUCGUCUUAUUUCGUCUGUAAACUACCAGCAUUAUAGGCGUAGCCAGGGAGCCAAAGCCCCCCCCCCCCCUCCCCCCAGGUCAUCCGCACUAAAAAAAUAAAAUCCACGGAACUUAGGAUCGACUCAAGACAAUUACCCUAUCUCUGCCCCCGCCCCAGCCCUACCCUUACCCAGGUGUUUCAAGGGACUUUGAGAUUUUUCGUGUCGAUCCUUCCAACCUCACUCCGGUUCAACAAGUUUGGCUAAGCCAGAGACCAAUCUUGUUGUUGUUGUUGUAUUUUUUUUAUUAACAUGGUAACUGGUAUGCCUCUUUUUCAGACCUCGUACCUCAAUCACGCCAACGAGACGCACUGACAGAUUGACGACAGACCGAACAAAAGAUGACAUAAACCGAAAGUCUCAAUAGAUCGGUCGGUUUGGUGCCGGUCAGACUUAGGUGUUUAUAUUAUAUACCUCUGUCACAACGCCAGACCCACAUAUUAUAUCAGACAGAGCAUUGGCAAUUCGGGAUAACAUAAUAUUUUGUCGGUUUAUUUUCAGUCUGGUGUCGGUUUCGUCGGUGUGACUGGGGUGUUUAGUCCAUCCACAAAAUUAACGACUACACACCGACUCAAACCGACCGAUUCUUGCGGAGUGAUGACUGUCAUACUUGUUCGGUCUAUUUUCGCUCCGAUGUCGUGCUGAUCGGUGUGAUUCUCAGAGAAAUAUAUUUGUGAAUCUUUGCACGAAA